UGGACUUCCUGCCUGUGAGUGAGCGAGGAGCACAGGUGCAUCCCACCGCAGGGCCCCACAGCCAUGGGUGGGCCCCCAGCCCUGGGCCUGUUCCUGACCCUGCUGACACUCUGCAUCAUGGCCGGGACCCCGGACGUGUGGGUGCAAGUCCACCGGGAGGCCAGCGCGUUCUCCCUCCGCUGUGGGUUCCUGGGGUCUGGCUCCAUCUCCCUGGCCACCGUGAGCUGUGGGGGCCCCGAGGGGGCUGGGGGCACUGUGCUGGCUGUGCUGCACCCCGAGUCAGGAGUCUGGAACUGGGCAUCCGACUGCCAGGCGCGCUGGGAGAGCAGGACCUGCGUGUCCCUCACACUGGAGCAGUGUGCAGGGGGCAGCCUCCACCCCAACACCACCUUCUGCUGCAAGUUUGCUUCCUUCCCCGAGGGCUCCCAGGAGGCCUGCGGAAGCCUUCUGCUCAGUCAUGAACAAGGGCACCCCACCCCCACUUCAGCCUCCCUGCUGCGAGCUGACCUGGCUGGGAUCUUGGGGGUAUCAGGCAUCCUCCUCUUCGGCUGCGUCUACCUGCUGCACCUGCUGCACCGGCAGAGACUCUGGUCCGUCCCAGAGCUCCAGCCCCCCGGCAGCAGCCCCCAGAUGCAGGUGAGCAGAGGGGCUGAGGGCUACCAGGCCACCAGCCCAGCCUCCCUCUCCUCUCUGAACACCGCCUAUGCCACAGUCACCAACAACUACCACUGCCCAGGCCCCCAGGCCUCGUGGGCGCUGAUCUCCCACUCACCCUGCCAGCACCCCCGGGCCACUCUGUUGGGCUCUGUGCACUCCAGCUUCGUCUCCGUGGAGAACAGACUCUACGUGCAGGCGGGUGAGGGCCUGGGCCUGGGGCCCCCCCCACCCAGAGCCCUGGAGGAGAGAGGCAUGUAGGGCUCCUGAGAGAGACCCCAAGUCCAACCUUCGGGUCUUGUAUAUACCACCUCCAGAUGCCCUGUUUUUUCUCAGGCUUCCAAGAAGUGUCUUCCCCAGACUCACUCACAGCGGAUGUCGCGGGGUGUGGGCGUCCAGAGGGGCGGGGGUGACAGCCCGUCCAGGUGGCUUCCUCUGUGCCCUCCUGGAUGAUGUCACAGGUCAACAAGGGCUCUCUGACUGGGGCCUCAGCUUCCCCCCCCCGGGGGGGGUGUUAAAAUGUGAAUCAGCUACAAACUCAACUCUCUGUGUCCUGGGACAGAUGUACUGACUACAGCUAAGCCCCCUUGGAAGGGUGGCACCUAAGGUGUAGGGGCACCAGGCCUGCUCCCCUCUGUGCACAUGGAAAGGGGCAGACACCUGCUCUGGAGAGGUGUCCUCCAGUUCCCCACCUUCCAUGGGGACCCCCCCAAACACACACACAGCCUCAGGCUACACACACCCCCAACGGUGGGCCAGAGCUGGGAGGGGCACAGGCCGGAGCAAAUACUGGUGGGAGGCACCUGCCAUGGCCCUUCCCUGCGGGGUUGUGGGGAAGGGGUGAGUCCAGCUACAGGAUCCCUCACACCCCUUCCCUGCUCCAGGCUGCCCAGGGCCCCUCCAGCCAGCCUAGGUCUGACCUCUCAGCUUGGGGGCCUGGUCUGCAGGGUGUGUGUGUUGGGGGGCAAGGGGGGGCUCUGCAGGAGAAGUAACUCAGGCCCACUGGGCCGGGACCGGGUCGGGGGCACUGGGGCUUGCAGGUUCUCGGGUGGUCUUGGAAGGGCUCCCUGGCAACCUUGCUGCUUGAAAAUGCUCAUGGGGCCAGAGGAUGUCUCCCGGAGCCCCCAGUCGGGCCACUCAUCCCCCGUGGAGUUGGGGCGACCCCACCCCCGCCCAGCUGUGUGGCUCCUGAUCCCGCAGUUCUGCGGGUGGUGCAGGUCCCCAGGGUGGCCGGAGUCUCCGCUCCCUACGCGCACACGCACAAUAAAGCCUUCAGAACAA